CCUUCUGCCAUGGGGCCCACGCGCUGGGGGAUCUGCUCGGCGGGAAAGAUCAGCCACGAUUUCCUAGUGGCCCUGAAGACUCUGCCCCCUGAGGAUCAUAAGGUGGUGGCCAUCGCUUCUCGCGAACUCAGCCGGGCUCAGAAAUAUGCUCAGAUGCACAACAUCCCCAAGGCCCACGGGUCUUACGCAGAACUGGCUCAGGAUCCAGAUGUUGAUGUGGUCUACGUGGGGGUCAUCCAUCCCUAUCAUCUCCCAUCCACUCUCCUCUUCAUCCAGGCCGGGAAGAAUGUGCUCUGUGAGAAGCCGCUGGGCAUGAACGCUGCAGAAGUCAAGGCGAUGGUACGGGCAGCCCGAGAAAAGGGAGUCUUCCUCAUGGAGGCCUUCUGGAGCCGUUUUUUCCCUGCUUCAGAGAAACUACGCUCCCUGCUAAGGCAAGGGACCAUUGGAGACGUGGUGGUGGUUCAUGCUGACUUUGGCUUCCAUCUGCUAACGAUCCCCCGGUGUGCGGAGAAAGAACUGGGCGGAGGCGGCGUGCUGGAUAUUGGUCUCUACUGUGUCCAGUGGGCCUGCAUGGUCUUCAGUGGAGAGAAGCCGGAGUCCAUCGUGGCCUCUGGUUUCCUGCACGAAACAGGAGUAGACAAAACAGGUUCUAUCAUCCUGAACUUCUCAGGCGGUCGCCAAGCGGUCCUCAACUACACCAUGGUGACUCAGCUGCCCAAUCAAGCGACCAUCAGUGGCACUAAAGGAAUCAUCGAGUUUCCACAUUUUUUCUGGAGCCCAGUACAGCUGGUUGUCAAUGGGAAGAAUGAAGAAUUCCCCCUUCCCCCUCCCUCCCAACAACUGAACUUCCCCAAUUCAGCUGGUCUGUGUUAUGAAGCAGAACAUGUCCGACAAUGUCUUCUCCAAGGUUUGAAGGAGAGCCCCGUCAUGUCUCACGCAGACAGUGAGCUGGUUCACUCCAUCCUGGAUGAAGUCCGAAGGCAGCUGGGGGUGUCCUAUCCUCAAGACCAGCCUUGA